CGAUAAGGGCGUGCUAUCGGUCAGUUUAGUGUUACACAAUGGACGCCAUCACGGGAGCCUAUAACGCAUUGUUCUUUGAAAGAGCAGACGCUCGAGUCAAGGACUGGUUCUUAAUGACAUCUCCAUGGCCACUAUUUCUCAUAAUCUGCACUUACUUGACAGUUAUAAAAGUGCUUUUACCGAAAUACAUGAAAAACAGAGAUGCUUUCAAUCUUAGAACUGUUAUUAAGUGGUAUAAUGUGGUGCAAAUAAUCGGCAAUGCAGUUGCUACUUGGGGGAUAAUGACAUCAGGCUGGACCACGACAUACCACUUUGGGUGUAUGUUACCCGACUAUUCAAUGAACCCUGAAGCUUUAAGAAUGCUGCAUUAUCUUUGGUGUACAAUUUUCCUUAAGAUUGUAGAGUUACUGGAGACGGUGUUUUUUAUUCUUAGGAGGAAGGAACGCCAAGCAUCCUUUCUGCAUAUAUACCACCACAUCAGUACACUCAUUAUUAUUUGGUCAGGAGUAAAAUAUGUUGGAGGUGGUAUAACAUCAUUUUCACCAAUGAUAAACAAUUCCGUCCAUGUGAUUAUGUACACCUACUAUUUGCUUUCAUCGGAAGGAAGCCCUAAAGUUAAGGCUUAUCUUAUUAGGUAUAAAAAAUGGAUUACGAUCAUGCAAAUGGUACAAUUUACAAUCAUGAUACUUUAUAGUGCUCAAGUAUUUUUGCCGAGUUGCCCAGCCCCACUUGGUAUAACAGUUAUGUAUUUUCCAAAUGUAAUAUUUGUAUAUUAUAUGUUUUAUAAGUUCUUCCAAAAAAAUUAUAAAAUUAAAAACCAUGUGGAGUAGUAAGUGUUGGAUUUA